AUGGCCCCGUGGCCCGCACCUCCUCCGCCUCCGCCUCCGCCUCCACCUCUCGCCGCGCCGCCGCCGCCCGGCGCCUCUGCUAAGGGGCCGCCGGCGCGCAAGCUGCUUUUUAUGUGCACCUUGUCCCUGUCCGUCACCUACCUGUGCUACAGCCUCCUGGGCGGCUCGGGCUCGCUGCAGUUUCCCCUGGCGCUGCAGGAGCCGCCGGGAGCCGCCGCCGAGCCCCCGCCGAGCCCGCCGCCACCCUCGCUGCUGCCUCCCCCCGUGCGCCUCGGCGCCCCCUCGCAGCCGCCGGCGCCACCGCUGCCGGACAACGUGAGCCGCGGGGAGCCGCCCGAGCCCCCCGAGCGGUCCGCCUCCCCCGGGGCCGACGGCUGGGGGUUGGCGAGCGGCGGCGGGGGCGCCCGGGACGCCUGGUUCCGGACCCCGCUGGCCCCCAGCGAGAUGAUCACCGCGCAGAGCGCGCUGCUGGAGAGGGAAGCGCACGAGUCCAGCACCACCGACGAGGAGAUCGCAGGCCGGCGGGCGGCCAACGGGAGCAGCGAGAGGGGCGGCGCCGCCAGCACCCCCGACUAUGGGGAGAAGAAGCUGCCCCAGGCGCUGAUCAUCGGGGUCAAGAAGGGAGGAACCCGCGCGCUGCUGGAGGCGAUCCGAGUCCACCCGGACGUGCGGGCGGUGGGCGUAGAGCCGCACUUCUUCGACAGGAACUAUGAAAAGGGGCUGGAGUGGUACAGGAAUGUAAUGCCUAAGACUUUGGAUGGGCAGAUAACCAUGGAGAAGACGCCAAGUUACUUUGUGACAAAUGAGGCUCCCAGGCGCAUCCAUUCCAUGGCCAAGGACAUCAAACUAAUUGUGGUGGUGCGAAACCCCGUAACCAGGGCCAUCUCCGACUACACCCAGACUCUGUCAAAGAAACCUGAGAUCCCCACCUUUGAGGUGCUGGCCUUCAAAAACCGGACCCUCGGGCUGAUCGAUGCCUCCUGGAGUGCCAUUCGAAUAGGCAUCUAUGCACUGCACCUGGAAAACUGGCUCCAGUAUUUCCCCCUCUCUCAGAUCCUCUUUGUCAGUGGUGAGAGACUCAUUGUGGACCCUGCCGGGGAGAUGGCCAAAGUACAGGAUUUUCUAGGCCUCAAGCGUGUUGUGACUGAAAAACACUUCUAUUUCAACAAAACCAAGGGGUUCCCUUGCCUCAAGAAGCCAGAAGACAGCAGUGCCCCGAGGUGCUUAGGCAAAAGCAAGGGUAGGACUCACCCCCGCAUCGACCCGGAUGUGAUCCACAGACUGCGGAAAUUCUACAAACCCUUCAACAUGAUGUUUUACCAAAUGACUGGUCAAGAUUUCCAGUGGGAACAGGAGGAGGGGGACAAAUGAGGCUAGAGCUGUGGAGGGAAGGCUAGUGAAUAGCUAUGGGGGUUCCCAGCUGAGUCCUGAAUUCCCAGGGUCUGCAGCCUCAGCCUGGCUGGAGUGCCAAGCAGAUCUCCUCCUUUGUCCCAUCAGGAUUGCUUCCAACACCAUUGGCUUAGGCAAAGGGAUGGAUCCCAUGGCAUCCUUAUGGAAGAACUAGGCCUGCCUGGGCAGCGGCAUCUGGUCAACCAGAUGGCCACCAGGAACCACUGCUAAUUCUUGUCUUCUGCUGGUUAAUAGAGUCUGAAGACAGGAUGAAUAGCUGUCAAGGUUAGAGAUAAUGCCAUGAAUGUUUGUUUGAGUGAUAAAAAGAGUGCAAGGUCUACUUUUGGGCUGCUCUUGCUUUAUGUUGGGUAACCUGAGUUUGAGCCCUGUAUCUGGCACAGCCCCCUGCUAUAGAAACUCUGCUUUGGCAUUUCUCCAGAAUGCUCAUUGUGGCUGAGUGCUGCAGGACUCCUAGGGAGCAAGGUCCUCCCUCUAAAGUCUCAUCCCACAGCCCGUUAGCUUCCUCCCUCCCCACCUCAAGAAGGCAGAGGCAUGCAUAUUCCUCACCAAAAAAAGCUAACAGCCCUGGAAGCCUUCUUUGUAAGAGCCCUCAAAGAAGGGUUGGGUCUCUCUUCACGAGCAUCUGGGGCUGUGGAGAAGCUUAGCAUAUGCUCUCGUGUUGGAAUCAGGCCCACGAGGCUGCUCACCAAGCAGUGUGAUUGCAGCUGAGUUGGGAGUCCUGAGGGUGAUAAAGAUGAAUGGCAUGUCUGGGUGUGAAAAAAGAAAGUCAGUCCCCUUGGUGAGAGGUCUCUAUACCCGAACACCUUAGCACCAUGGUUCUGAGCAUUUCAGUGGGCUUUAUCCCAUACAGUCCCUAGAGGGGCAAGGACCAGAAAAUUGGUAUGUCUUUUGUUAUGAAUAACCCUUAGCAAUGCAAUGAAUGGGAGUUGGCCACCAUUCUUCUCUUUGCCCUGCCAUCUCCCUGUCACAGUCAUCUCAUGCUUCACUUACUCUCUGCAGAGAUGGCACAUAUUGGCAGUGACAAGAGGGCUGAUCCAGCUUAUGGGGGUGGGGGAGGGCAAGGGCUCUCUACAGACACCCCAUCAAGGGCUGCUUGAAUAAAGUGUCCCUUCCCAUUAGUUUGAUUCAAUUAAAAUGCAGCAUUUGACAUAAAGCCCUUGUUCACAGAUCUCCAAACCCAGGAACUGUUCUAGUAAAAUUGGAAAUAUGUAUGAGUGGGGGGAUUUAAAUCUGUUCAGCUGUUAUUAAACUGUCAUUUAUCCCGCUAACUGAAAACUGUGUUGUUAUAAAGCUUAAUGCAACCUGAU